UAGAUAUCGGAGAACCGAAGCUUUAGAAAGGCGAUUCCGUCCUCGUAUUAAAGAAGAACCGCCAGUUGCUCUGGCGAGGAGCUGAUGGAAUUCCCGGCCGAUGAGGCGGUGACCAAGUUGCUCUGCGGAGACUGAAAAAAAGGGAAAAAAGAAAGCCAAAAAAAAUUUCCGAUCUCUCCAUCCCCAAAUCCUAGUGAUGACGCCAAGAUCCCUACAGAAUCCUCGACCAAAUUUGCUCCGAUCUCUUCUUUCACUCGAUCUUGAUCCCUAAAUUCUCCUUGUUGAUGUCCUUUGCUUACAUUACAUGGAUUUCUCGAGCCUUCAAUCUAGGGUUUCCUUCUCUUCGUCAUCGUCUUCCUCCUACUUCCCGCCCCACCGGACACAGCUCCACCCCCGCAUGCAUUAUGCUGCCCCUCCGGCCUCCCUCCGGCCGCCCUCCCCCUCUCGCAGCGAGAGGUGCUGGCUUCUGGCAGCCGGCCUCCUCAUACUUCCCUUCCUUUUUUACCUCUUUGCCGUCGCCCGCCGCGCCCAUACGUCUGCCCGCUUCGAUGGCCCCCGCCCCAAGGGCUUCGGCCUCGUCAUCGACGCCGGCCCCGCCGGCUCCCGGAUCCACGUCUUCGAGUUCCUCAACGAGGGCGGGAUCCCCAUCGUGGGCCUCGACGGCAAGGGGUCGGUGUCGAUGAAGGUGCGUCCGGGGCUGCGGGAGUUCGCGGCGGACCCUGAGGGUGCUGGAGAUUCGCUCCAGGAGCUGCUGGAGUUCGCGAAAGGGAGGAUCCCGAGAGCGGAGUGGAAGGCCACCAAGAUAAGCUUAAUCGACACCGGAGGAGUAGGGGGCUUGAAGCUGGAGGUGAGUAGCGCCAUCAUGAAGUCUAGCCGGCGAGCGCUCACGGCUUCGGGGUUUAUGUUUAGAGACGAGUGGGCUUCCUCCAUAACUGGUCAAGAUAAAGGCAUUUAUGCUUGGGUAGCCGCUAACUAUGUCCUGGGGACCUUAGGAGCUAAUCCUCAGGAAACCAUGGGGAUAAUACAGCUUGGUGGGGGGUCUGCUCAGGUAGCAUUUGUUCCAAAAGAGCCACCUCCAAUGGAGUUUUCUAGGAUGCUUAGACUUCCUGGAGUCACUUAUAACCUUUAUAGCAAGAGCAUUCAUCAUUUUGGCCAGGAUGUGGCUUGGGAAUCAUUGAUCAAGUUGCACAGUUCUGGAAGCUUGAGAUCAUCUUCAGACUCAAUAGAAGCUGUUAUGUCAGCAUGCAUUCCAAAAGGUUAUAAUGAAACCCUUAAUCCAAAAAAAUCAUCCGAUGCACUUAAAAAGGCGAUCUUCACAGUGGAUUCAGUGGGCAAUUUUUCUGCAUGCAGAUCAAAGGCUUCAGUAUUAUUACAAGGGCAAGGUAAAGGUACAUGUUCACAUCCACCAUGUAAUAUUUUGCCCAGACUUUUUCCUGAGUUGCAAGGAACCCCUAUUGCUAUACAUAAUUUUUUCUAUAUUUCAGAGUUGUUUGGAAUGGCUCCAAGAGCUUCUUUAUUAAAUGUGGAAGCUGCGGGGAGACAUUAUUGUGAGGAUCCCUGGGUUAGAUUGAAAGAGGAACACUUUGGUAUUGAUGAAAUGGAUUUGUUCAAAUACUGCUUUUCAUCUGCCUACAUUGUAGCACUAUUACACGAUGGUCUUGGAAUUCCCAUGGAUGUUAAGAGGAUAGGUUUUGCGGAUCCCAUAGUAAGUGCCCCUUUCGAUUGGACACUGGGUGCAUUCAUCCUGCACACAGUGGUAGAGCCAGAACUGGAAACAGAAAUUGUGACCCAGAUAGUAGGGAAUGAUGCAAUUACAUACAUUGAAUUGUUUGCAAUUUUGUUUAUGGCAAUUCUUGCAGCACUCUUUCUAUCAAAUUGGCGAAAACCACGAUUUAAGACGGUUUAUGAUCUGGAGAAAGGGCAUUACAUAGUCACACGUGUGCCCAGAUGAUCUCCCCCACCAUACACAAUUGUUCUGAGUACUUGUACAUGUAAUUUACAUGUUAUCACAAAAUUCUAAUUAUUAUUUUUUGGGGAUCAUAUGUAUAGAAAGCAAUUAAUUGCCCUUGCGGGAGGAGGAAAUUCCAGGAUAACAAUAGAAUAUGAGGAACAGCUAAAACUAUCUAGAAUUUCCAAGAUAACAUUCUCAACUCAAAACCAUCGAAGUUUUCACCU